AUGUCGUUCGAUCAGCUCUCCUCGUUGGAGGCGGGGCAGCGCCGGGGGACUUCGAGCUACGCCGAUGACCCCGAGUUCCAGCGACUGUCCCAGGACCUCAUGAACAAGCUGUUCAAGCUUAACGGCAACAACCAACGACUAAGCGGGGAGGUCGGGCACCUGGGGACGCGGCGUGAUACCCCGCGCGUGCGGGAGCGGGUGCACGAAAUGAUUGAGGAGUCCAGGGAGAUGUUCAAAGACGUGGGCGAGGGUGUCAAGAAGAUCCAGACAUGGGAAGACGUUACGCCGACACAAAAAUACAUGCAACAAAAGCUCUCGCGCGAGUUUCAAGCCUCCCUCUCCGAGUUCCAAAACCUCCAACGGCAAGCCCUCGAGAAGCAAAAGGCCUCAGUAACUGCCGCGCGCGCUGCCAUCGAUGCCGAGCCCGUCAGCCCGGAGCUGCUCUCCUCCAGCCAGCAGCAGCAGCAGCGACACGAACAGUUACUGCAACAGCAGGAGCUUACCCGGCUCGCCCCGCAAGACGAGGUCGACUUCCAGGAAGCGCUCAUCAUCGAGCGCGAGGAAGAGAUCCGCAACAUCGAGCAGGGCGUGGGCGACCUCAACGUGCUGUUCCAGCAGGUGGCGCAGAUGGUAAACGAGCAAGGCGAGGUGCUCGACACCAUCGCCAACAACGUCGAGAACGUGCGCGACGACACGCGCGGGGCCGACCGCGAGCUGCGCAGCGCCGCGCGCUAUCAGAAGAAAGCGCGGAGCACGGCCUGCUGUCUGCUUAUUAUUCUGGCGGUGAUUUUGACGAUUGUGCUAUUGGCCGUGUUUCUGGGGUGA